GAUGACUGGGAUCUUCCUAAGAGGAGUGACUUUGGAGGAGGAGCCUUUUGUCAUGAAACGCGAGAACAAAGACGGCACGUACAAGUACAGCGGCUUCUGCAUCGACAUCCUGAACGAGCUGGCCAAGAACCUGGGGUUCACGUACCAGCUCUACGAAGUGCCUGACCACAAGUUUGGCGCUCCGGAAGGAAACGGGUCUCAUUGGAACGGCAUGGUCGGGGAGGUCAUGUACAACAGAGCAGAUAUAGCCAUCGGACCGCUCACUAUCAGCGCUAUCAGAGAGCGUGUGGUGGACUUCACACACCCCUUCAUGGACCAUGGUGUCGGUAUGGUCUCCAAGAAACCUGAGCCGAAGGGCAGCGGCAUCUUUGGGUUCCUCCUGCCGUUCGACAGCAGCGUGUGGUUCUCUAUUCUCGGGGCACUGAUCGGAGUUGCCUUGCUGUUGUUUAUCACAAGUAAAAUCAGACAUAAGAUGCGAGCUGGUGAUGUGAACUACGACAACGACGAAAAGUUUGACCUGAAGAACAGUCUGUGGCUAACGUACUGGUCCAUAGUCAGGAAAGGUGGCGAGCCCGCCCCCAGGUCCCUCCCCUCCCGCAUCCUGACCGGCGCCUGGUGGCUCUUCACCCUGAUCGUCAUCUCCACCUACACGGCCAACCUCACAGCCUUCCUCACCGUCAAGAGACUGGUGGCGCCCAUCAACAGUGUGGAGGACCUGGUCUCCUCCUCCGUGCCUUACGGCUGUGUGAAGGACGCCUUUCUCUACAGCUUCUUCCGAGCGCAGGCCAACCUAAACGGCAGUUCAUCUGUAUGGGGAAGGAUGUGGCAUGCAAUGACGGCGUACGACGAGUUUCCUUACUCACCUACAAACGGGAUUGAAAUCGUCAAGAGGGGACAGUUCGUUUUCAUACAGGAAACUCCCUUCCUGGAAUUUGUCAUCAAGAAAGACCCGAAGUGCGAACUGAUGAUGUUGGGCAAGCCGUUCUUGUACAAGGGAUACGGCUUUCCGGUCAGAAGAGGGGAAAAAUACCUUAAAGACAUAUCAGUAGAGAUACUAAAGAUGCAAGAGUCUGGACUUAUAGACCAAAUCAAAACAAAAUGGUGGAGCAAAGAUGGCUGCCCCCUGGACGGAGAGAUUGCAAAUGUCAACGAGGUCACGGCGCUGGGAAUAGAGACGUUUCUAGGCGUGUUCUACGUGUUGCUAGGGGCUUCUGCGCUAGCCCUCCUUGUGACUAUUGGUCAGAUCAUACACAAGAAACUCACCAAGAAAAAAAGACCGAGAAUGAUCAAGCUAGAGGAGCUGCAGUCAGCCUCUACUGUCAGGCUUACGUGACCAGAGCCACCUUUCUUUCUGUAGCCGUCAUCCCCACCUGUUGGCAAAAGAUGCUGCUGCAGCGAUUGGCAGUAGCAGCAGAACAUCACCACUCACAACCGACACCUACCGGAUAGGAAACGAACUACAGCAGUCCACCUUUGCUAUGAUUAUUCCAUUUCUUAACUUGACAGCAGUGCUGUGAU